UUAUUAUAAAUAUAUAAGAGAAUAUACUUACUUAUUAUAUUUACCAAUCAUCGUUCAUAAGUUUGGUUAAAUGAUCAUUUUCUCGUAGUCGAGAAAUUUAUUUGAAUAUGAUGAAUAUUGAAUUUGUCAAAAAGCCAUCCAGGUGUCUUUUAUGACCAGAAUCGCUCUUUAAAUGGUUCAAAUUGGCUAGUAUCCAACUUCGUUGAUUAGACACACUGUGGCUCUGCCGUCUUUCUAACACUUGUCCCAAAUAUUUAGUGCAGUAACCACUAAACAGUGAAAACUAAUAAAAAUUUAAAAAUUUCAAGUUAAAAUUAUAACAAUUUUUCUGGUUCUUGUAUUUCUAUAUUGCUUUUAAAUGGAUGAAAAACUCAGUGACAAAGUAGCAAUGUUCGAUCAAUAUGCAAACAAACACAAAGACAAACAGAAUAAAAAUCCAUUUACUUCCGGUUUAAACAUCGAAAAACAAAAAUUUUCGAAAGAUGAAUAUGGCAGACCAGUAGCUGGCUCUUUAACAGACAUUCGCGGUAAAAAAGCCGCGGCACAUAUUUUAAAAGAAGUGCUCGAACUUUGCGAGAUCAUUCAUCAAGAAGGCACACCAUGUCGGGACCAACCAGAAAUUAUUGCGAUCACAUUUGGAGAUUUAUUCAACAUUUAUACCCACAUUAGUAAUAAAUGCGUAGGACUUUUGCUGAGAGCUAGAAAACAAAAAUUCGUGGAUUUCGAAGGAGAAGUCCUAUUUCAGAGACGAGACGAUGAUGUGCCAAUCUAUUUGGUAAAACCUAUUACAGAAAUUCGUGAAAUGUUCAAUCAACGAAUAAAGGAAAUUGCAAAAGAAAUGACAGAUAGUUAACACUUAUUUUCUUCUGAACGAAUAAUUCCACGCUGAAGUAUCUUUAGUCGAACGCAUUACCUUACUCAUAUUUAUUAUACAACCAUAGAAAUAACGCGAAUGACCAUUUAUAAUUUUUAUUCGAGAUGAUUGUAUGAUACGAGAGAGUGAAUUUGAAGAAUGAGAUGUAAAUCGAUAAAAACAAUCGAAGAAUAAUCGAAUGAACAAAUAUGUAUUCAUGUGAUAUUUCCAUAGAAUUAUUAGAAAUAAAAAUUUUUUUAUAAAAAAA